UAAUAGAUCGCAUGGGAAAGUUUUUUCUCAUACUGUUCCUUCUUUCCCUUGUUCAUUCUUCUCUUGGUUUGUCAUCCUCUUCUCUUUAUCCAACUCCUCUGUGUCCACCAGCUGACAGCUCGGCUUUAAUCCGAUUCAAAAACACUUUGUCCAUUGAUGAUUCUGAAUCAUGUGAUGGCACUUCUUAUCCCAAAACAAAGUCGUGGAAUGAAAGCACAGAUUGUUGCACAUGGUAUGGUGUCACCUGUAAUAAGGCAACUGGUCAGGUGAUUAGCCUGGACCUUAGUUGCUCUAAGCUUGUUGGCUCUCUUUCUCCAAACACCACUCUUUUCCGCCUCGAAGGACUCCAACGACUCAACCUCGCCUACAACAGACUCAAUGGUUCUUUGGGUUCGUCUGGGUUGAGCCAGUUAGUGAGUCUAACACAUCUUAAUCUUUCUGGUAAUUCCUUCUCCGGUUUAGUUCCAUCGGACAUUUCUUUUCUAUCGAAACUGAUUUCACUUGAUCUUUCUGAAUUAUUUGGCUUGAAAUUUGAUGACCACAGUUUCCGUAUGCUUACGCGGAACUUGUCUAAAUUAGAGAAUCUUGCCCUUGUGGAUGUAAACAUGUCCGAUGUUGUUGUUCCUACAUCCUUUUUAAACAUGUCUUCAUCUCUAAAGCAACUGGAUCUCAAUGGUUGUCAGUUACAAGGGGAAUUCCCUAUUGAAAUAUUCCAGCUUCGGUACCUAGAGUAUCUUGAUCUUAGUGAUAACAAUUUGACGGGUUAUCUCCCCAAGUCCAAUUGGAGUAGUCCUCUCUGGUUGUUGGACCUUUCGUUUAAUCAUUUUAGAGGCUCAAUUCCUGCAUCUCUUGGAAACCUCCGCAGACAUACUUUUAUGGAUUUCUCUAAUUGUAAUUUUAGUGGCGAACUUCCCUCGUCUUUGUUCAACCUCACACACCUAACUUCUUUAGAUUUAUCAUCGAAUAGGAUACAAGGUCCCCUUCCGACUCAUGUCAGCGGCCUUCAGAGUCUAGAAGUUUUGGGAUUACAUGAUAACUUGCUCAGUGCUGCAAUUCCAUCUUGGCUUUUCACUCUGCCAUUUGUAGAAACUCUAGACCUCAGCCAUAAUAGGUUCACUGCUCUUCCCGAUCAGAUUCAAGAGCCUAUUACAGUCCAAGAUGUUUCUUUGGCUCAUAAUGACAUACAUGGUGAAAUACCAAGUUUCUUCUAUGGUCUUGUAAAUCUUGUCGAGCUUGAUAUUUCAUCAAAUAAUUUCAGUGGUGUCAUCAAGUUAGAUGAGCUAUCCAAACUGAAGAUUCUCGAAGAGCUAGAUCUUUCAUCAAAUAAUUUCAGUGGUGUCAUCAAGUUAGAUGAGCUAUCCAAACUGAAGAUUCUCGAAGAGCUAGAUCUUUCAUCAAAUAAUUUCAGUGGUGUCAUCAAGUUAGAUGAGCUAUCCAAACUGAAGAGUCUCGAAGAGCUUGAUCUUUCAUCAAAUAAUUUCAGUGGUGUCAUCAAGUUAGAUGAGCUAUCCAAACUGAAGAGUCUCACACAUCUUGAUCUUUCAAAUAACAAGUUGCUAUCAUGGAGUUGUGACAACGUUGUUAACUCUACUUUUCAAACGCUACAAUAUUUAUCCAUGUCUUCUUGCAACGUUGAGCGGUUCCCGAAUGUUUUACGAUCAGCAAAAAGCUUGACACUACUUGAUCUCUCCAAUAACAAAAUUCAAGGUUCAAUUUUAAAGUGGGAAACAGAGGGUUUAGAACAAUUGCUCUUUCUAAAUCUUUCUCACAACUUGUUGACUGGUUUCGAGCAAUUUCCAGGGAAGAAUCUUGAAAUCCUCGAUCUACGUUCCAACCAACUCCAAGGCCAUCUCCCCUUUGAUCUGCCAUCCUCAUUGGGAAGACUAUCGAUUUCUGGAACAAUUGACAGAGAAAUCCCUCCUUCAAUUUGUAAUUGA